GGCCGACGGGGAUGGGGAAGGUGGCGGGCUGCGAGCGGUGCCGCGGGCCGGCCGGGCCCCGGGCGGGGCUGGGCGCUUAGCCGGCGGCCGCUGGAGACUUCGCCGGGGCGGGCAGGGGCCGGGGGCGCCCAUCCCUGCUCCCCGGCAGUGCCCGCGGCCGCCCUCCGCCGGGCCGGGUCAUGCACUGCCCCAAGUGCCUGCUCUGCCUGGCCGCGCUGCUCACGCUCCUGGGCCUCAAACUCUACAUCGAGUGGGUGUCCGAGACGCGGCUGAGCAGGGCCUACCCGGCCCCCCGGGGCACCCCGCCGGGCCCCACGUCUGCCAGCGCGGAACCCACGCUGCCCGCGAACCUGUCGGCCCGCCUGGGCCAGAGCAGCCCGCUGCCCGCGGCCGCCUGGAACCAGCAGCAGUGGCGGCUGCAGAGCCUGCCCAGCCAGGACUGCGGCGCGUGGGGGGCGGCCGCCGCCGCGCACAUCCCGGACUUCGCCUCCUACCCCGAGGACCUGCGGCGCUUCCUGGGGGCUGCCGCCUGCCGCAGCUUCCCGCCGUGGCGGCCGCGAGGGGGCGGCAGGCAGGUGGCCAACUGCUCCGCCCGUGUCCCCUACCUGCUGCUGGCCGUCAAGUCGGAGCCGGGGCGCUUUGCCGAGCGACAGGCCGUGCGGGAGACCUGGGGCGGCCCCACUCCCGGUGUCCGGCUGCUCUUCCUGCUGGGAUCCCCCGAGGGCCAGGGGGGCCCAGACCUCAGCUCCCUGGUGGCCUGGGAGAGCCACCGCUACGGUGACCUCCUGCUCUGGGACUUCGUGGAUGUCCCCUUCAACCGGACCCUCAAGGACCUGCUGCUGCUGGCCUGGCUGGGCCACCACUGCCCCGGUGUCAGCUUCAUUCUACGCGCCCAGGACGACGCCUUCGUGCACACACCCGCCCUACUGCGCCACCUGCGCGGGCUGCCCGCCCGCUGGGCCCACAGCCUCUACCUGGGCGAGAUCUUCACCCAGGCCAAGCCCCUGCGCAAGCCGGGGGGCCCCUUCUACGUGCCCGGCUCCUUCUUUGCUGGGGACUACCCGGCCUACGCCAGCGGCGGCGGCUACGUCAUUGCCGGGAGCCUGGGCCCCUGGCUGCUGCAAGCGGCCACCCGGGUGGUGCCGUUCCCUUUCGACGAUGUCUACACCGGCCUGUGCUUCCGGGCCCUGGGCGUGGUGCCCCGGGCCCACAAGGGCUUCCUCACGUCGUGGCCAGCUGACCGCGCCGCUGACCCAUGUGACAUCCGUGACCAGCUGCUGGUGCGGCCCCUCAGCCCCCAGGACAGCAUCCGACUGUGGAAGCAACUUCAGGAUCCUCUACUCCACUGCUGAGCAGAGGGACGGAAGGGGCCUGGAGGGCGUGGUGACUUAGUCUGUUUUUGUGCUGUUGAAAAAAUACGCUCACUCUGGGGCACAGCGGGUAGGGCGUUUGCCUUGCACACGGCCGACCCAGGUUCGGUUCCCAGCAUCCCUUAUGGUCCCCUGAGCAC